UCGCUGGCAGGCAGGCUGGCUGGAGGGGAUGAGGCUGCUUUUGGCGUGGGCCUGAGGACAGGAUGGGGAGACAGCUAGAAGAGCAGCAUUUGGCCAGGGAGUCGAAGCUCCAGUGACCCCAGGAAAGACUCGUCCAGUGGGGCAUGUCUGACUCUGCCCGCUGCCCGGGCACUGAGAUGUGGGGGUGACACGCCAGGGCAGAGCAGCCCCACCCCACCCGGUGCAGGGGCACGGGCGGGAUCUGUGAGCACUGCUGUUCCCAGCCUCUCCGCGAUCGGUCCCCGGGAAUCCUGCCCUGAGGACGCAGCGCUGCCUGUGGUGCGGGGCUCCCUGCCUGGCCAGGUAAGAGGCUUGUGCUACUUUGUGGAUAAUGCCCGCUGCUUCUCCACUCCGGCUCCUCCAUCCCGGCCAAGAGGAGUCUAGUGCCACUUGCUGCUCCGUUCAGCUGCCAGGGCUCAGGCCUCCGAAGGGUUAAGAGCCUGAGUCCCUGCUCCAAGGGUUUGGGUGAGAAUUAGUCUGCAGAGGUACAUGUCCAGCAGAUCAGCUGCUGCUGCUUCUCCGAGGCUGCUGCUGCAGUUCGGUGUGUGUGAAAAGCCGCUCUGCUUGCAGAAGAUGCUUGCUUGGUGUGUCCGGAGUCCUGUGCAUGGCAGCGGAGCCCUGGCUGUCGCUGGCUGAGGGGAUUACCGUCACCUGCCCGCUCCAGCUUCUUAGCAAGGGAAAGGAGGGAUCCGGACUAAUGCUUUUAGCAAACAAAUCAUGCUGUCACUGCAACACGCUCCUCUUCGGAAUGUCACCCUGGCGGUAUUUUAAUUCAUCCCGUCGUAUGGAAUCCCGCUGCGACCCGCGCACAGACCAAGAGUGCCACCGAUGAGAUGCUGCUGAAGAAGAUCUGGUCUAGCUCAGCCUGGAGUUCUGGGCUCCAGGAAUCACUUAAUGAAAUUCGGUGGCCCACGCUAUGCAGGAAAUCUGACGAGAUGAUCCUACUGGCUCCUUCUGACCUCAAAAUCUAUGAAUUUAUGGACUGUGAAAGGAGAAUGCUGGACAUGAAAAUGAGUUGAACAUUAUGAAAUCUCCUGUCCCUCUGGGUUGGCAAUCAGUGGUCAUCUACCAUCAUCUCAGAGGAAAACCAGAAGAGCUCCACUCUAACUUCUGUAAGGGUUAGUCCAUUAUGGAAGAUCAAACAAUUUUCUGGCGCUGGUUUUGUGAAAUUCGGCUGCUGCCUUGGACCCUCCAUUUGAAAAAGAAAUUAACGUUGAGGAACAAAUAAAGAGGAAAAUCAGCUCCAGAGAAUGAACACUGUAAGUGGUACUGGGAUAUUCGUCAGCUUAACAACGGUGUCUGUGACGCUAGAUUUUAGUUUGCACGGUGGUCUGAUGGCUUGGCCCUUGAGCAACAAUUUGACUCUGAAUCAGAGUUUGCCCACGUCCGACCCUCUUAAUGCCUCUGAGUGGGGAGAAGUCUCUCGUAUGUCCAUGAGGGAGAAGAACUGGCCAGCUCUCCUGAUUUUGGUUAUCAUUCUGCUGACUAUUGGUGGGAACAUCCUUGUAAUUAUGGCUGUCUCCUUGGAGAAAAAGCUACAGAAUGCCACAAACUACUUCCUAAUGUCCUUGGCGGUGGCAGAUAUGUUGGUGGGGAUCCUAGUCAUGCCCGUUUCCCUCAUUACAAUUCUAUACGAUUCUGCUUGGCCUUUGCCUAAACAAUUGUGUCCUGUAUGGAUUUCCCUAGAUGUGCUCUUUUCAACUGCAUCUAUCAUGCAUCUCUGUGCCAUCUCUCUUGAUCGGUACGUAGCAAUACGCAAUCCUAUUGAGCACAGCCGCUUCAAUUCCCGCACCAAGGCUAUUAUGAAAAUUGCUGCAGUUUGGACCAUAUCGAUAGGGAUAUCCAUGCCCAUCCCGGUCAUAGGAUUGCAGGAUGACUCCAGGGUGUUUGUGAAUGGGAGCUGCAUUCUGAAUGAUGAGAACUUCGUCCUUUUUGGGUCCUUUGUGGCAUUCUUUAUCCCACUCAUCAUCAUGGUGAUCUCAUACUGCCUGACUGUCCAGGUGCUGCAGAAGCAAGCGACGGUGUUCAUGUACGGCGAGGUGCCCAAGCAACGAAGGAGCAGCAUGAACUGCCUCAAAAAAGAAAACAACACAGAGAACAUCUCGAUGCUCCAGAACCACGAGGCGGCCUCCCACUUGAACUCUCCUGUAAAUAAGGAAGCCGUGCUCUUUCGGAAAGGGACCAUGCAGUCUAUCAACAACGAGCGCAGAGCCUCCAAGGUCCUGGGCAUUGUCUUCUUUUUGUUUCUUAUCCUGUGGUGUCCAUUUUUCAUCACUAACAUCAUGUCUGUUCUUUGCAAGGAAGCCUGUGACGGGAGCCUCCUGGGCGAACUCAUGAAUGUGUUUGUUUGGGUUGGUUACAUUUGUUCUGGGAUUAACCCCCUGGUGUACACGCUCUUCAAUAAAACCUAUCGCAGGGCUUUUGCCAACUACAUCCGAUGCCAGUACAAACCCAGUAAAAAAUCGACACUGCGACAAAACCAGUGUCUGAAUGUGGCUUCCACAGCUUCGUGCGGGAAAGACCUGACUUUAAAUAGCUACCGAAAUGGCAAUGAACUCAACAGCAUGGAGUUGGAUGAAACUGAGGAGGGCUUAGAAAUGCAACCGGGGACUUCAGAGCUGUCGAUAAACAGCUGCAAUGUUGUAAGCGAAAGGGUGAGCUGUGUGUAACUGAGUCCCACCCGUGGCUCUGCAGCUGAAAUAUACCUGUGUAAAAGUGUAUGUGUCAGUCAAAGAGCAAUGUAAAUACUGCAUCCUGAACAAAGCUUUUUUAAAAAAUUCAUCUUUCCAGCCCAGUGCUUUAAAUCGUACAUACACUGAGGGGAGGUUUAAGGUUCUAUAUUUACUGUUGCUACUAGAUCAAAAAUAUCGAGUAUUUUGCUUUCAUCUUGGACAAAAUGCUGACAUUUUCUUCCAGUGUAUGAACAAAAAUGCUGAAUUCUUACUCAGGUGGCAUUUGCUGGGGUCCAGAGUGGCCCAUUCAUAGUUAUAGAUCAAGUGUUGAUCAGGAAAACUUUUUUAAGUUGACAGUAAAUAUAUACUUUAAAUCCUCACCCCUGUUAUGUGCCAUGCAACAGUGCAACAUCAAGUCUAACCAGACUCCUGGAAGGGAUCCCUCCGCUAAGCGUAGCAGUAUUGCAAGGGAACAGUUGGCUAACCAGACUGGUCACAUUGGGGGUGCGGGUGGGGUGACCUUUCACACUGGAGAGCUGUUUUCAGUUCUGAGUUCAUUUCCAAGUGUGCUGAGAUUGACAGUCACAUCCUGGUUCCUAGCAGAUGCUUGUUCAUGCCACAGAACUAGGGAACGCAAUUCCAGUACGCUUCUGCAGUCCUGGCCUUUCAGGGUCAUUUGAUCCUGGGAUCCUGAAAUCUCGUAGUGGUUUAGAAAAGUGGCAUUAAAACCAGCAAACUCUCUUGGCCCUUCCUUUGUAUAUAGAGUGUCUCUGACUCUGCCCUGAAUCCUAAAAAUAAUCAGAUGCCGAGCUAACAGUGGGCCAGGCUCUGCUCCACUUUCUCAUGCCUUUUUGUCUGAUGGACAUGUGCUGGUGGCUCACAUGAGAAAGGUGAACGGAGUUGGGCUCGGUGUCUGGCUCUGAAGCAACGGUUAGCUCCUGUUCAGAUCUUUUACACCACACUAGUGCAGGGAAGAGUUGCAAGCAAAGUCUAUUAUUGACAGCUCCUAGAUCAGCCUAGUGCCCUUCACUUGCUGCUGGGUCAGGCUGUUUGCUUUGAGUGGGCAUGUCUUUGGACUCAGGUCAUUUGCUUUACCUCAGGAAGCGGGCUUUGGUUUCACUAGGGCUCUGUUUCAUCUUUCCUAGCCUCUUGCUCUCACCAGUCUCACAUUUCCUUGUUCAUUCACAUGUUCGUUGUCUCAGCAGCCUGAGAUGGGCAGUGUCACAGUUCUGGAGACACAGCAUUGCUUUCUUCUGCGCAUCCUGCCACCACAAACCAGACUUCAUGCUCGUGUUGGGAGGGCUGCUGCUUGGUUAUGCCUCGGACUGUGAGCCCCCCCAAGGGCGAAAGACCCCUCCCAGCCCCGUGAGCCCAGGUGCAGCAGAGUAAGUGAGGCCAUUGCUUGUUCCAUCCCAGGAACCAGCCCACCUGGUAUAAACCAACAGUACGCGACUGGCCCCAGGAGCUACAGUAACUCCUCACUUAACGUCGUUCUGUUCCUGAAAAAUGCAACGUUAAGUGAAACCAUGUUAAACGAAUCCAAUUUCCCCAUAAGAUUUAAUGUAAAUGCGGGGGGUUAGGUUCCUAGGAAAUUUUGGGGGGGCAGACAAAAGGCAUUAUAUACUGUACUGUACUGUGUUGGGAGGUGCCCCUGGCUUACCCCACACAGGCACAGCCCGCUGCAGGCAAGGACGCUAGGAAGCACCUUCGCAGCAGCAGCGGUCGCUUCCCUGGAGAAGAACAGGUGCCGACUUUGCCGGGGGAUGCUCCAGGCCCACCUCUUCCCGUCCCCACUCCACCUCCUCUCCGGAGCAGCCGCUUCUCCCCCUCCCUCCCAGAAAGUCCUAAGCAGCGCCUGUUUGGCGGCGGGGGAAGCACUGGGAGGGAGGGGCAGGAGGCGGAGAAGAGGAACUUGUGCAAUGCUCCCUUGUAAAGUCACUGCUCUUCCACGGAAUCCUACACGCAGUGGACAGAGCAGGCAACCAAAGGACGUUCUAAGGGAGCAUUACACGACUUCAAACGAGCCUGUUCCCUGAUGGAGCAGCGACGUCACUUGGAAACAGCGUUAAGCGGGAGGACACUAAGUGAGGCAUUACGGUACGAGGAAUUAGGCGAGGAACUGUAACUCGGGUGAGGCUCUGGAACUCUGCAUCAUGCCAGAGCUAGCCUUUAGUGGCUUAUAUCUUCUUUAACUAAUUAACGAACCUAACGACAUCCCUGUGAGGUAGGUGCCUUUGGCAUGACUGGCAGUCUCUGCUUAUGAAAAGCCCGAGAAUAGCAAGGGUGAGGCAUGUCAAGGAUGAAUUGCAUUUGCCUAAUGUGAACUGGUUUUACUAUAAGCUUGUCAUGGUCAUAGGCACCAACUGGACCCACAAAGGCAGUGCAGAAUGGCGCUGUUGCUUUAGUGAAGGGGUUACACUGUUGAAUUGCACGUGACAGCAGUUACCUGAUUGUGGCCCUUACAGGAAUCCACAGCCACAGCUUGAUCCACCAUUGCAUUACUCCGGUUUGACUCUGGUGCGAUCCCACUGAAGUCCCUGGGCCUGAGUCUCCUCUCAUUCAUGUCAGUGUCAGUUCUUCCACUGCCAUCAAUGGAGUGCCACGGUGGUGACUCCAGCUCCUGCUUUGCAGGCAGGCAGCAUGCAUACAAGCAGCAUGUAUUCUGCAGCUACACAGGCACUGGCCUGAAUGUUCAGUACGUCUCCAUUUGUAUUUCUACGAAGUCAUCGUAGCUGGUAGAAGAGGGGCUGGACAAUGACACCACUUCCCUCCUCAGGUGGCUGCCCUUUUCUCUAGCUCAGGUUUGAAAUACUGCAAGUGCUGGAGGAGAUCAGAACUGUGUGUUUCCUUACGUUGAGUAUUUUUGCAGGGCGAAUUCACAGCACAUCUUUUCCAAAAAUAAAUCUCUCUAUCUAGAUUUUUAAAAAAGCAACCACAGACUUUAAAAGUACUAGCAAUAAGUUGAAUGAUACUAGCUUAUAGCACAUGUAUAAACAGUUCAUAUGUCAUGGCAUCCUAGUAUUUAGCAGAGUCCACAUGCAGGGAUCAUCCUUGAUUAGGAACCUUCCAUCCUGUUCAUGCAAGUACAGUAGUUAUGAUACAAAGGGAACCUCCUGUAUUUGGAUGUAGAUACUGAGAAUUGAACAUAGACGCUACAAUACUUUUAUAAAUGUUUAAAAAAGAGACUUUCACCCUGAGACUUGUACCUCCAGUGACCAUUGCUACUCAGCUGAAACCAUUUGGAUGUAUAUUACCUGUUCAGAUAACCAUACGAGAGGACAGCCUUAUGACCCCAACGUUCCAUCCCUGCCAGCAGAUGGGAACAGUUUUGUGAAUGGUUGAAUGCUGUCAUCUCCCAACUUCUUUCUGGUCAUUCACCCCCAGGGUUUUGUGAUGCUGCUAUUAAUUUAUUAAAGAAACUUUGUUGGUUUAAUAAUUCUUAUUUAAUUAUUUUCAUGGUCUUUUGACAAGAAAAUAUUCACUUUGU